UGGAUAAAACACCUGCCGUAAAAUUACAUUCUCCGAUCACUUCGGGUAUAUCAAAUGAGGAUUGUACUGUAAGUGACAUCAGUUCCACAACUGCCUUCGCCAACACCCAACCAAUUCCAACAUGAACAAGUUGCUCAUCCUUGUUGCUGUCUUCGCUGUUGCUGCCGCUGAUUCGUACAAGGCUGCGGAAUACGCUCCUAAAUACGAGGCCCCCGUGACAUACGCACCUCAGCCCUACAGCUUUGGUUACGAAGUCCAGGAUAAGGAAUCCUAUAACGAUUUCGACCAUGCCGAGAAAGCUGACGGCAAGGUAGUUACCGGCUCCUACCGCGUUGCUCUCCCUGACGGCCGCACCCAAAUCGUGACCUACAAGGCUGAUGAGAACGGGUACACUGCUGAUGUCAAAUUCGAAGGAGAAGCCAAAUACGCCGAAUACAAAGCUGCCUCUUACCCCGCCCCUACCUACACUACUCCAGCCUACACCACCACAGCUGAAUAUUAAAGAUGUUUGAAUUAGUCUGUGACACCAUUAGACGACCAAUUAUUAUUAUUUUUUUAAGUAAUUUUGGAUGUUUAUGUAAUUUAAAAAAGCGAAAUGUUCUGGAAAUAUCAUCCAACUUACUAAUAUAAAUUAUAAUAGCUGAUUGUAAAUACACGUCAUUGUGCAAAGGG